AUGUCCAAAACACCGAAACAGCCCCAGCUCUACUCAAAGAUACAAUACCAGAAUUUGGCAAGCUAUCUGCUCAAAGCUCCGGCACAGAGUCUUGGUGCAUCCAUCAGUGUGCAGCCGGAUCAAAGACAAGGCAGCAGUUCAUUUGCGCAUGUCGUAGUGCAUUCCUUUCCAGGAACCGGCGUGCCGCAAAGAUACGACUUCAAUCUCAAAGAUGGUUUGACACGCUUUAUCGAUCAUCCUGAGCCAGACGGUGUUGUCAACGAAGUAGUUCUGGUCCGUGGAUCACUUUCCCCCGCAUGGCUUGACGCCCUGGGCGACAAAUACAAGAUCGAUCCGGAAUUCUUUCGAAGACAUCUCCGCUACCUAGCUGGCCGUGACUACUCGGAUCUACCGUCUCUACCGUCUUCCGACACGGAUAUAUUGACUCUCACAUUGCCGUCCCUAUACACUCGCUCCCAGCCACUAGCACAGAAUCAGAUCAAGGCAGAUCGCGAAAAGGACGCAAACAUUGUUACAAAAAAUCAGAAUGUGGUCGCUGGCCGUGCCGCUUCCGGGGAGACAAUAAUUCGGCGGUUCGCAACGCUUGGAGAAUUCCUUUUCUCCGUUGAGCACGAAAUUUCCAUCUUUACAAGAACUCGAAAGAGGAAUGGUAGCCAGAUAGCAAUUGUUCUUCUUGAUAAUGGGCUAGAGAUGAACCGAAAGAAUGGACCACCAUGUUUCAGUACGCACGAUACAACGCAUCCCAUCACCGGAGUCCUACCACUGCCUGUCAUCGUCCCUAGACCUGCUGGUAUGGAUAUCGGUACCAAUCACCCAGAUGCGCCAUGCGAUAGCGAACCAUUGUCCUCUGAGGCCAUCGGUCACGUCGCAUCGUUAGUGCCCUUCUAUAUAGGAAUGACUACCCAUGGUCUACCAACAUCAUCCGAUGUCUUCAACUUUAUCCCCGAAAUCUUCAGACUGGUAGCUGCGGCUGAGUGUCAGUUUCUCAACCGCGUCUAUGGCAUCGUACAAGAUCAAGAUGUGAAUACUAUCGAAGCAGAAGCAAUGGACUUGGCUAUCAACACUCUUCGAUACAUCAAAGGAUUGCUAGAGGACCACAAACAACGACUGAAACAUAACGUAGCACUACUGAAGCUCCGUCGCUCGAAUGAGCCAAGCACCAACAGCCUUCUUACAGUCCCUGGCUCGUCCACACCGACAUCCAGAGGUCCAUCGAAUGACGAUCUGUCGCAGAUCUUGGUUGACUUCAAAGAGCUCCUAAACCGGACAGAAAGUUUGACUACGCUGUGCACCGAAACAACUGGGCUGAUACUGAAUGGAGCGAUGCUGCGUGAGUCGCAGAAGGCCAUACAUCGCGCAGAUGAUCAGAGAAGAUUGACUGUACUCGCAUACUUGUUUUUGCCGUUAUCGCUCAUCGCUUCGUUGUUCGGUAUGAAUGUGAAGGAACUGGAUCCUGAUUCGUCACAGAGUAUUUGGCUUCCGUUCGUUGUUCUUGCACCUGUGGGUGUCAUCUCAUAUCUACUCUUCUCUCCGAAGCGCAUUCAACGGGCUUUGCGAUACUGCGGCUCAAUAUUCGUUUCUUUACGGACUCAUCACCAUACCCAGGGUGCAACUAUCCCGUUGAAUGACUCUAGAGUCAAUGGUGCAGGUUCCGCUUGA